AUGGGGGAGAAGCUGGGAUUGGGGGCAAAAGAAGCAAGGGGACAAGAGAGAGGAGGCGAUGCUGACAAUGUUGGUGGACUUGUAGCAAUCAAAACAGUGUUAAGGACAGUGCUUGAAAAUGUUGGUGGUGAUGAAACUAAUAAUCAUGUAAAGGAAGAAGGGAAUAAUGAGAUGUUUCCGUCUCUCUUAAUUGUUGCUUUCGUUGAUGAAUCAAAAAGAUCACAAAGAGAGGCUCACAAAAAGGCCACUAAUGGUUGCUGGUGGUACACGGCUGAUAGAAGGAAUUUCCCUUCAUCACAGGAAGAUAUUAUAUGCAUCUGGCUUUGCUGUGCUGAGAAAGUCUUCACAUUUUAUGGUUAUGGUGUCAUAGCCUGUCUACUAAUUGAGGAGGCAUAUGCACAGCCAUUAGAUGCAAUUCAUUUUUUAUCUCAUGGUUUUGGACUUGUAAUAAGUCUAAGAAUUUUCUGUGCUACCAAGAUGGACAGGGUUAUGAGGUUGGCCACAGAAAAGGGUGUGGUGGUUUUCACCAAGAGCUCUUGUUGCCUCUGCUAUGCAGUCACCAUUCUGUUCCAAGAACUUGGAGUGAUCCCUGUGGUUCAUGAAAUUGACAAAGAGCCUGAAGGCAAGGAAAUGGAGCGAGCUAUAACUAGGUUGGGUUGUCCUGCACCUGUUCCAGCAGUGUUCAUCGGAGGGAAGCUUGUGGGGUCCACCAAUGAGGUCAUGUCCCUCCACCUCAGUGGCUCACUCACUCAACUGCUGAAACCAUAUCGAACUUUAUCUUAA